AUGGGGUUUCCAAUGUUGGAUACCUAUGCCAAGAGCAUAGAGUCGGUGCCUAAGGAACUGGUGGCUGAGUUGCGCCAAAAAGCGGUGGAGAGGUGUGAGAAAAGUCCCGAUUUAUACUAUAGUGAAGAUGUGGAGCGACUGAAACGGGACGACUGGUCUGUGCGC